CCCUUCAACAUCCGUGUGUUAGAGACUGAGAUCUGCAUCACUCGCACAAAAAAAUCUGAAACACCAGACGCCCAAAUUACACCUUGGAUUAUUUUGAGACUAAACUCAGAAGGAAGUAAAGAAAUGGGUCAAACGGAAUCAAAGGCUGUACAACCUGCAGCACCAACGUAUAACCCAGAAUUUGAAAAACCAUGGAGGAACUUUAAAUGGAAUCAGAAAUCAGAACUGAAAAAUCAUCUAGAAGAAUUCAGUCUGAGUAAUCCAGAUGUGAAGCACAUCAAGAUUCUGGUUGCUGGACCAAUAGGAGCAGGAAAGUCCAGCUUCAUCAACUCUGUCAAUAAUGUCUUUCAAGGACGGAUCACCUCUGACGCGCCAGCUAAUUCAUCUUCUGCCGAUAGUAGAAGUUUCACUACUACACUUAAAGGAUAUUUCAUCAGUCGUGGAAAAAUCCCGUUACUCUUUGUUGAUAUAAUGGGUUUAGAACCAAAUACAUUGACCGGGUCACAACCAGAGGACAUCAUCAAGGCUGUAUAUGGCCAUGUGAAGGACGGAUAUAAAUUUGAUGAGUCAAAGCCACUCUCUCAUGAGGAUGAACAGUAUGCCAGUGACCCCAGUCUCUCUGACCAGGCUUUCUGUCUGGUUUACGUCAUACCUGCUAAUACAGUCGACAUGACAGAUGACAAACUCAUUGACAAGUUGAAGAUCAUCCGUCACAGAAUCAGUGAAAAGGGGAUUCCUCAAGUGAUUGUUAUGACCAAAGUGGAUGAAGCAUGUCCACUGGUACACAAAGAUCUACAGAAGAUGUACUACAGCAAGAAGAUCAAACAAAAGAUGCAGAUAUGCCAUGACAAACUGGGUGUGCCGAUGUGCAACAUCUUCCCAGUGAAGAACUAUCAUGAUGAGAUCGACAUUGAUGAUAAUGUUGAUGUUCUGAUUCUGAAAGCUCUGGAUCAGAUCGUUCGGCUUGCUGAUGAUAGAUUGUUUAAUAGCAGUGAUACGGUGUAAAAUUGACUCUACAAGUCAUUUCUAUACACAAAUGUAUUGUAUAAUGCAUAGUAAGUCGCUUUGGAUAACAGCAUCUGCCAAAUGCCUACAUUUUUGCCUGAAAGUUUGUGACAUGUUGUUCUCUCACAACCUUGGGUACUUUUCCUCUGUUUAUUGGGCGUGAUCCAGCAGUUUUUGAUGACUUCAUAAGUAUUUAAAUUUUGCCCACUGAAUUUAAAUAUGUUUUGAAAAUAAGACAACAACGAGCGAACCACCUUUAGAUACGUAACUCGUUGCCUACGAAAUAAACGUGGCAGAUGAAAAGCAUUGGAUGACGAAAAUAGGAGAUAACGUGAAUUUACCUGAUUGGUUUUUGAGGAGUACUCCUCUUAGAAGUUUUGCUAUAACAGUAGGCUGAGGGCAGUGGAUUUUCAGAUGCUCUGGGGAACAUCUCACUUUGUUUGAUUCGAACAAAUAAAGUUAACUCUUUGACACCUGGACCUUCUCUGUCUGAGAGAUGUUUUGAACGGCGAAAUCAACUUUUGCCACAUAAGUUUCAUUUUUAAUAAUUUGUCAGUACAAGAUACGAUUCUAGACUUUAGGUCAACCUGUCCAUUUAAGAUCAAGUCUUAAAAGUGAUAUAAGAAAUGUUUGUGUUGUAUUGUUGGGCCAAUAGAUUUUUAUAUUGUGUUUGUUGUUCAAGCUGCCAGUUUUCUUUCUGCAUAAAAGAAGUCCUCCCCAAGUAAAGAAAGUAAAUUAACA